GGAUAUUCCCCUUGUCCCCAACGGCGCGCGCGCGCGCGCUCGGAAAUUACUGUUCCUGUCCCUUUGGGGGAGGGGUGCACAAAAGGGGCGAUGGCGGCAGUGGCAGACAGGGUGAUGCAUUGCGCGCACGCGUGCGGAAGCGCGCGCAGAGCGGGCGGGCUGCUGGCGGAAGUGCGCUUGAGCCUCCGCCAGGCGAGCGGCCAUAGCCAGAGCUUGACUCUGGUGAGCGCCAGAGGCACGACGAGAGGGGUGAUGGAGAGGAAGGAGGUGAAGACGACGGAGAUGGCGGCACGCUUGCAGUCUAAGGAUGAAGCGAAAGCUAAGGCCGCGGCCGGCGGGAUGCAGACGCCAGGAGCGAUAGCUUCGCGUUCCUUCUCCGCACGGCCUCCUCCGCCUUCCUCCCCUUCUCCUUCUCCAUCCCUGACUCUGCCACCCUCGUUGCCAUCGCCGCCUUCAGCAGCUGUCUCCCCCACCUCUUCAACCCCUCGCGCUCCUCCUCCUCCUCCUCCUCCUCCUCAUUCUCCCCCCGCUGCUGCGUCGCACUUCCGUCAGUUAUGGGACGAGCUGACAUCCCGCGAAGGAGUCCGGCGCAUGCUCGUUGUCGGUCAUCGAGGCUCGGGUCAAAACAAGACUAAGAAUGUGGUGCGCAAACAGGUCCAGGAACAGAGGGAAGGAGACCAGGUUCAUUCCUUCGAUCAAGUGCGCCCGUCGAUCAGAGAGAACACGCUCUUGUCCUUCAACUCUGCAGUCAGGCACGGGGCAGACUUCGUCGAGUUUGACGUGCAAGUGCUCGCCGACGGUGUGCCUAUCAUCUUCCACGAUGAUUGGAUAAUUACGCGGGAAAAUGGCGCCAAAAGGAUCUGCCAAUUAACGACCCAAGAUUUCCGCGGAAUAGGUCCGCAGAUGCCGCACACUGCGCGCCGAGGAAAGGCAGGGGAGAAGCUUGUGCGGCGGUCCAGCUUCGAUCCCUCGACGUUGAUUCCAUGGGCGUGCGACGUCGAAGAUUCGCUCUGCACCCUCGCUGAGGCUCUGGAUGCCGUUCCCUUUUCUUGUGGAUUUAAUGUGGAAAUGAAAUUUGAUGAGGUGGCCAACGUGGCCGUCGAAGAGCUGACCAGAUCCAUUGACGCGGUGAUGCAUGUGAUCAGAGAGAAUGGGAGAGGGAGGAGGAUUUUCUUCUCCACGUUUCACCCCGACGCUGCUGUGCUGCUGAAGAAGAAGGUUCAGGGAACCUUCCCCGUCUUCUUCCUCACCGACGGCGGCAGACCCCACGUCCAUUCCGAUCCCCGCCGUAAUUCCGUCGACGAAGCGAUUAAUCAUUGCCUGCGCCACGGGCUGGACGGAGUGGUUGCAGACGUGGCAGCCAUCCUUGCGCUAGACGACAAACGGGUUGGCGCGAGGGCCCGAGAGAAUGGCCUCCUCCUCUUCACCUACGGGGAGCUGAAUAACGAAGCGGAGGUGAUCUACUUUCAACACCAUUAUGGGGUUGAUGGGGUGAUAGUGGACCACGUGUUGGAGAUGGCAUUUGCAGUCAGGCAAUGCGCUUGGCAGGAGAUGUUGCCGCCUUUCCAAAUUGGGAAAGUCAGGCUGGGAGGAGGAGGAGGAGGGGGAGGAGGUGAUUAUCCGUCGUCUCUUGUAGGGGCGACAGCGCCAAAUAAGGUCCCUGCGGGCUGAGGAUAAGAUUCUCGUGGGGAUCGCUUUUUUUUUUUUUUUUCACUUGCUUAUCGUCUCGGUGUCG